GGGCUGGUGUUUCAGCAGGGCGCAAUUUUGUUAUGCAAGGAAUGUUUGGGGCAACAGAACAUCGCAGGAUUUGGUGGAGUUAGAUAUUUAAAUAGCAAUAUGUAUUGUUUUUGAGUAGAACGAGCAUAUAUUUCACAUUGAAACUGAGAAUGUCUUGGUCUGUGACAUUUUGGUAAUUUCGUUCUUUGAAUUAAUAGGCUGGAACUAAAUUUGUUUUUCAAAUUUGUUUCCGUUUUGACAGAAUUCUGUGCGCACAACAAUGGCGGCGUCCUUCCUACGGAUUGGACGUGACUCCUCAUUCAAGUGUCUUCAGUUGGAGAAUUGGAGCACUUUGAGGAAAGCCCCAGCAGCAGCUUUCAGCACCAAAUCUAAAGAGCCCAAGAUACCACCCAGGAGAACACACAUUAAAAAGGGAAAAACCCAACCGGCAAUUGAUAUAAUAAAGCUGCUACAGGAACGGACACAUUUGCAAUCUCCAGGAAAAUACAGACCUUUUAAUGCAGCUUCAACUAUCCCUCCAAAAACAUCUGCAUCCAUUUCUAGUCCUCCCUUCGAUCCCAUUAGUGCCACCAAUGCCGCAGUGGCAGACGUUGUUGUCCGUGCAGGUGCACAGCUCAUAGACUUUGCUGCCUCUUUAGUGAAUACUGCUACUACAGUCGCCAACUCAGCUGUGUCUGCAGCUGGCCCUGCCAGACCCACCAAAGAUGCACCCAGAAAAUAUGCUGCAGCCCCUGCCAGGACUAAAAGUUCCCCACAGGCUGCAGCUGAGAAUAUAUCACCUACAGCUGUAUUCCAAGCUGAAACUUUUCCAGGAGUGUCCCCUGUGGAAGCUGCUAUUGCUGUAGCCAAAGUAACAGCUGUCCCAGAAGUUGCCCCUUCUGAAGCAGAAGUCCCCCCGGUGCACGCUACUGCAGUCAAAUUAGUGGAUGCAGGAGCUGUUCCUGAGAUUGUUUCCGCUGAAACUACAACUACAACAGAAGUUUCUCCUGUAGAGGCUAAACCUUCCCGUACUGAAAUCACUACGACGAAAGAAGUGGGCCAUGCAGAAAUACCUAUAGCCCCAAACAAAGAUGUUCCAGCUGCUGAAACAGCUGCCCCAGAGGUUGUCCCUUCAGAAGCAGUUUCAACUCCAGACAUCACCUUUGCUGAAGCACUUGUUACCACAGAAAUCUCCCCUGUGGAAGCUGCAGCUAUCCUAGAGGCUGCUGCUCCCUCGGAAGUAACCUUGACUAAAACACCUGCCAUCCAAGAAGCCCCAGCGGAGCCCGUAGCUUCAGAAUUUGCCCAAAUAGAAGCUGUUGAAUCUCCAGAAGUUGUCUUUGCUGUAACACUUGUAACCCAAGAAGUUGCUACACUAGUACCCACUGCUGCUUCCCCAGAUGUGGCACCAACUGAAACACCUGCUCCAAUAGAAGUUUCUGCUGCCUCAGAGGUUUCCCCCACAGAAGCUGUAGCUUCCCUAGAGGCUUCUACACCCCAAGUUACCCGAACUGAAUCUCUUGUCAUCCAAGAAGUUUCCCCAGCAGAACCUGUUGCAGCUCCAGAAAUUGCCCAUGCAGAAACACCGGCCAUCCCAGAAAUUGCAGCAGUAGAGGCUGUUGUCUCAGAAGUUGUCCCCAUAGAAGCUGCCUCAGAAGUGGCCCCAGCUGAAACACCUGUAGUCCCAAAAGUUGCCCCAACGGAAACAGCUAUAGUCCCAGAAGUUGCCCUAGCUGAAACACCUACCAUCCCAGAAGCUGUCCCAGCAGAGGCUGUUGGCUCAGAAGUUGUCCCCAGAGAAGCUGCCCCAGAAAUUACUCCAGCUGACAUAUUUGUAGUCUCAGAAGUUGCCCCAGCAGAGGCUGUUGCCUCAGAAGUUGCCCCCAUAGAAACUGCUCCAGAGGUUGCCCCAGCUGAAAUGGCUGCCAUCCCAGAAGUUGCCACAGCAGAGGCUGUUGCCUCAGAAGUGGCCCCCAUAGAAGCUGUCCCAGAAGUUACUCCAGAUGAAAUACCUGUAGUUCCAGGAGUUUCCAUAGCUGAAACACCUGUAGCUCCAGAAGUGACCCUAGCUGAAUUACCUGUAGCCCCAGAAGAGGCUACAGCUCUUGAAAUGUUCCCUGCAGUUGAAGAGACAUCAACUACUUCUGCAGCCACCCCAGAAGCAGUUCAAGCUGCUGUCACCCCUGAAGUUUCCCUUUCUGAACCACCAGUCAUCCCAGAAAUGUCCCCUUGCAUACCCUCAGAGAUUAUAGUAGAAACAGUCUUUGCCCAGGAGGAACUGGUAGAUGCGCCAAUGAUAGCAACUGAAGAAGGGCCGGUCGAGUCUGAAGCAGUGGAGACACCUGAGGCUCAACUUGACCCAGUACAGAGGCUUUUCCUGGACAACAUCUGUGAAUACUCCACAAGAAGCAAAGCCUCUGGGGGCUUAGUGGAUGCGGGCCCUAAGUAUGAGAAAGCACUGUCUGAGGAGAAGGCCAAACUACAGCGGUUGUAUGGUGGCGGUGACCUCACUGAGUUCCCAGAUUUUAAGUUCCCUGAGCCCAAGUUAGAUGAUUGGUCCGCAAAAUGAUCUUCACUCUGUCACUGUCUUUUGUCUGUUAAGUCUGACCAAUAACUAUCUUUUAAUAAAUGAUAUGUUUUAGUA